CAGACCAUCAUCUGCAUCGACGCGUCGAAGCGCGAGACGCACCACGCGGGGAACGGCUUCAAGAAGCUCUUCCGGCGCCUGCGGAGUAGCAACUACAAGCCCAUCUCGAACAAGGAGGACCUGACGCCGCAGCUGCUCGGGACCGUCGACGUGCUCGUCGUCGGCGCGCCGCGCGAGCGGUUCACGGCCGACGAGCUCCGCGACGUCAAGGAGUUCGUCGCCAACGGCGGGUCCCUCCUCGUGCUCAGCAGCGAGGGCGGCGAGCCGAAGCUGGGCUGCAACGUCAACGAGCUUUUGGAGGGCUACGGCAUGUCCGCGCAGCCCGACUCCGUGUUGCGGACGGUCUACUACAAGUACCUCCACCCCAAGGAGGUCUUCGUCUCCCACGGCGUGCUCCAGCCCGAAUUGGCGACGCACAAGCACCUGAGCCACGGAAACGCGCGGAAGCACCGCCGCGGCGGCGUCGCGGCGGCCAAAGAGCCCGAGGGCGGCCACGACGCGGCGCAGGGCGGCGGCCUCUCCUUCGUCUACCCGCGCGGCGCGACGCUCAGCGUCCAGCGCCCGGCGCGCGCCGUCCUCUCCAGCGGCGCCAUCUCCUACCCCAUCCACCGCACGGUCUGCGCCGCCUGGGAGGGGUCGCACCCGAACGGCGAGCGGAACCGGCCGCGGCCGCGCGUCGUCGCCGCGGGGGCCGUCGAGAUGUUCUCCGACGAGUGGCUCGACAAGGAGGAGAACGGCACGCUCUGCGACCUGCUCUUCCGCUGGCUCGCGCGCGACGCCGAGGCGCCGAGCCUCCACCACCACGCGGGCGACGACGCCGCGGCCUACGCGCGCGUCCCGGACAUCGAGGCCCUGGCGUCGCGCCUGCGCGCCUGCCUCCAGGAGAACGACGAGCUGCCCCGGAACUUCACGCGCCUCUUCAACGACGCCUUGUUCCGCUUCGACACGGACGUCAUCCCCGAGGUCGUCGCGCUCUACGAGCAGCUCCACGUGAAGCACGAGGCCCUCAGCCUCAUCCCGCCGUCCUUCGAGUACCCGCUGCCGCCCCUGCAGCCCGCGACGUUCCCGCCGGCGUUGCGCGAGCCGCCGAGCCCGCCGCUCGACCAGUUCGACCUCGACGAGCACUUUGCUUCGAAGCGCGAGCGCCUCGCGCAGCUGACGAACAAGUGCAUCCCCGGCGGCAUGACGAAGAAGGACGGCGACGCGGCGCUGGCCGAGCCCGACGACCUGGAGUACUACGUCCGCGAGGCGGGCGAGAUCGUCGGCGCGACGGCGCACCUCGCCGCGCGGUCGCCGGAGAACGCGCUGUCCGCGAAGCACGUGCUGGCCUUCGUGCUCAACGAGCUCGUCACCUUCAAGAAGGUCAACCCGACGGAGGCGGCCGAGGUCGACCACACGCGGCGCGCG